GUGCUGGUUGCUUGAGACAGAAGUAGCUCGUCACGACAUUGAGCUCCGUUGUGAAUGUAGUACAGUAGUAGCUGCCACUAACAGUAAAGAUGGCGGUGUUUAGUGCUAGAAAGUAAAUGUUUGACAGUACACGCUACGUGAGGUGUGACAGUUAGCCAGCCAGGUGGAGGAGGUACAGUAGCUAUGUGGGUGUUCGGUUAUGGCUCUCUGAUCUGGAAGGUGGAUUUUCCUUAUGAGGAGAAGCGGAUCGGCUACAUUGAAGGCUUCAGCCGGCGCUUCUGGCAAGGCAGCACCGACCACAGGGGAGUGCCAGGCAAGCCUGGCCGAGUCGUGACUCUGGUGGAGGACCCAGAGGGUUGUGUCUGGGGCGUGGCAUAUAAGCUGCCGUCUGGCCGAGAGCAGGAAGUGAAGUGUUACCUUGACUACCGGGAGAAGGGCGGUUACCGCGUCAUUGCAGUGAACUUUCACCCCCGACCCUCCGUGACCCCCACACGACACACUGACACUCCCCCUGCACCCAGCCAGGCUCUGCUCUACAUCGGUUCUAAUGACAACCCUGACUACCUGGGCCCCGCCCCCCUGGAGCUGAUAGCCAAUCAGAUUGUAGAUGCAGUCGGACCGAGCGGACGGAACACUGAAUACCUGUUUUCAUUGGCUGAGGCGCUGAGGACCCUCCUCCCUGAAGACUCAGACACACACCUCUUCUCUCUGGAAGACCUGGUUAGAGAGAGACUAACACACACACUUACUACAAGUGUGUCAGUAAACCAUCGCAGGGAUGCUGUAGAUUGUCAGUCAUGUGAUUUUCUCCAGGACCAUUCAGAGCUGGGUCAGGGUUAGGGUCAGGACCGUUCAGAGCUGGGUCAGGGUUGUAACCGUUCAGAGCUGGGUUAGGGUUAGGGUUGGGCCGUUCAGAGCUGGGUCAGGGUUAGGGUCAGGACCGUUCAGAGCUGGGUCAGGGUUGGGACCGUUCAGAGCUGGGUUAGGGUUAGGGUUGGGCCGUUCAGAGCUGGGUCAGGGUUAGGGUCAGGACCGUUCAGAGCUGGGUCAGGGUUAGGGUCAGGACCGUUCAGAGCUGGGUUAGGGUUAGGGUCAGGACCGUUCAGAGCUGGGUCAGGGUUGUAACCGUUCAGAGCUGGGUCAGGGUUAGGGUCAGGACCGUUCAGAGCUGGGUCAGGGUUGGGACCGUUCAGAGCUGGGUUAGGGUUGGGACCGUUCAGAGCUGGGUUAGGGUCAGGGUCAGGACCGUUCAGAGCUGGGUCAGGGUUGGAACCGUUCAGAGCUGGGUUAGGGUUAGGGUCAGGACCGUUCAGAGCUGGGUCAGGGUUAUGACCUUUCAGAGCUGGGUUAGGGUCAGGACUGUUCAGAGCUGGGUCAGGGUUAGUAGAAUAUGUACCAAACCUGCCAGGUCAGUGUUCAUUUUGCUGCGUUCAAAACAACUGGGAAUUCAAUAAAAAACGAGCUCUGACUGGGGAGAAAUCGAUUUGAACGGUCAUCCAACUCGGGAACUCGGGCCUCUUUCUAGAGCUCCGCCUCUUUCUAGAGCUCCGCCUUUUUCUAGAGCUCCGACUUUCCGACCUGAAGAUCACUGACAUCAUGAUUUGACCUCGUAUCUUUACCAAUUCCCAGUAGUUUUGAACGCGGCAUUAGUCCUGUCUCUAAGGACUGGUUUACUGUUCAAGAUCUCUCACUUUUCAGUGAUGUCAUUUAAACCUGUCUCACUUUCCAGUGAUGUCAUUUAAACCUGUCUCACUCUCCAGUGAUGUCAUUUAAACCUGUCUCACUCUCCAGUGAUGUCAUUUAAACCUGUCUCACUCUCCAGUGAUGUCAUUUAAACCUGUCUCACUCUCCAGUGAUGUCAUUUAAACCUGUCUCACUCUCCAGUGAUGUCAUUUAAACCUGUCUCACUCUCCAGUGAUGUCAUUUAAACCUGUCUCACUCUCCAGUGAUGUCAUUUUAAACCUGUCUCACUCUCCAGUGAUGUCAUAUUAAAUAGCUGUCUGUCUCACUCUUCAGUCAUAUAGACGGGUUGGUUGUUUAGCAACACAACUGACGCAUGCGUAACUUUGGGCGAUACGCACUGGGAUGUGCUUAGAUUGUUGAUAACAUGUAAACUAUAUUUAGUCUCCAAUUGUUACGGAGUCUAGUUGAUAGGUAAUCGACUAGUUGGACUGUUCCCCAGACUCCAGGCGUAGGGAUUUGUACAAUGAGGCUAUUGAACUUAACAUUGGUGUCUGUCUUUAUUCCUUAAUCCAACUUAUCAUACAGAAACAUGGUAUCAGAAGUGGCUCGGAAAACACACGUUUGUUAUUUUUGUAGCUAAGUACAGUAUAGGCGCAGUUACGUUCCAUAUGCGAACACAAGCCGUUUCCUACUCACAACACUGAUCAACUCGUUGUUAGCUGGCUAGCUAGCAUCACUACCUACCUCCAUGACUGAAGGCAAAGAAAUCUCCUAUUCCAUUGCUAUGGCAGCGAACAUUCCGCCACCAAAUCACAUGGUUCUCACAGGGGACUGGAAUACUAAUUGGGACAACUUCAGGGAUGAAUUCGAGGACUAUGCGCUGGCGACCGGUCUACAUGAGAAACCCAACGAGGUACAAGCGGCAACUCUGAGGAGUUUAAUGGGCAGCGAAUGCAGGCAUAUCUACCGGCACAAUCUCACCCUCACGGCACGACAACAGUGUGAUGCAAAGGCUAUAUUGGAUGCAUUGGAGAAUUACUUCAAACCCGCCAGAAACGUAAUUUACGAGCGGUUCGUUUUCGGAAGCUGCAAACAGGAAGAGGGUGAGUCAGUACACAACUUUGUAACCCGUUUGAGAGAGAAAUCCGCCACUUGUGAAUACGGGGGAUUGAAAGAUGAACUGAUUCGUGACAAAAUAGUACUGGGAAUUGCAAAUGAGAAUACGCGCCGGCGUCUACUGAGAGAGAGAGGCUUAACAUUAGUAACUGCCAUCAAAAUGUGCCGCACUGCUGAAGUCACUGACAUGAGAAUGAGAGCAAUGGAAACGGAAACCCCACGCUCCGACGUUGAUACUGUUCACGCUGUUGCUAGGCAGACAUUCAGACAAAACCAAUCGAGGCAGAGUAAUUCACCACGAACGGUGAACACAGAGAGCCCCGUAGCAUGUAAAUACUGUGGGAAUACACACACACGUGGCAAAGAGCACUGCCCGGCCUAUGGAAAACCAUGCAGAGCUUGUGGAACUAAUAAUCACUUUGCAAAAGUGUGUCUCAAAAGCAAAAGAAGGGUGAGUGAGGGCAAGAUUCACUGUGUUGAUGAUGUUACUCAAUGUUCAGAG